ACUGUCUUUUCUUUUAAUUGCUUUAUGAGGAAUAACAGCAUUUGGAGGCUUUCUGGACCUCGAGUCGUCAAGCUUGGUAGUGGAUUAAGGUGUUUUAUUGGUCUAUUUUUGUAUGUCCUUUAUUGACAGGAGGCUAACAGAAGGUUACAACCCGGAGUGAUAAGGCAGCAGAAUGUCCUGAGGAUUUGACCUCGGAGGACAUUUACUGGGACAACACAUCUGCCGGCUGCUUGCCAUAAUCACCAGAGAGAUACAAGGAGCUUUUUUUUAUUUUAAACACCGGAAGUAAAGCCGAGGUCGUCAUGGGGAGCAAAGUCAGCUCCAAAAUGGCUGCUCCUGCCGCCCGAGUUAUCCAGGCUGUUCGGCCUCAUGCGCCUCUGAUCAAGUUCCCAAAAAGACAAGACCUCGCAAGGCCCAAUGCCCAAGAGGCGUUGAAAACGUUAGCAGUAAGCCUUCCAGCACAAAAUGCUCCAGGUUCCCCUUCAGCCGCAGCGCCGCCUCCAUUAUCAAGACCUCAUGUACCGUUAACCCCACUCCCUGGCACGCCAGACACUCUGGCCUCUAUUCAGCAACUAACUGCACGGUACCGCAGGAGACCGCUGACCGUAGAUGAAAUGGACUACAUCCAGCGUGGUGGACCGGAGUGAUACGAAGCGACUCAAUCACUGCAACCAAAGUCCUUAUAUGUUGGAGAUCAGUAUGUGUCUUUAAUUCUGUUCCUCAGCACAAGAGAACCUAUUGCCACAUGAGACAUGAUGUAGAAUAAACUAUUACAUAAAUCCUGUUAAAAUGUACAUAUGUUUAUUUUUUAGAUGUUAAAUCUCAAAUGUAUUAGAAGUUCAUACUAAGGGACAUCGUCAUUGUAUCACACACAGCGGAGCCAUAACAAUAGCUUCUAGGUUUUCUUUAAUUACUGUGUAGGCACUGCAACUAUUCUUUACAGAGUUCUUGUUUUUGUCAAACAUUGGUUUUAACAUUUUACCAGCUCAACUCAAAUUUUUAUUAUUUUGUCUCAAUUUGUUUGAGCUACCACCAUACCCGAAGCAUGAAGCUCUGGUACAUAACUGGAAGGUUCCUUUGCUCUGUUUUUGGAGCUAAGACUGAAGACAUGCUGGAUAUCAAGUCGCAAUAGUACUGAGUGAAAUGGUGUUGAGUUCAUGUGAACUUCUGGAUUUAAAUGAUUAAAAGAAUAUU